UGUUGUGUUUCCGUGUACGUCCCCGUGGCUGCCCAUUUAACUAAAACACGGAACAAGGAAACAAACACCUGCAACCUGCAGUUGCGCAUCUUUCACUGGCUCUCAUACCACUCGUUUUCCUCUGACAACAAUACGUCCCAGAAUUCACAAACACCAACUGAUCUCAUCAUAGGACAAUGUCUGAGGGUAAAACAGUCACUUUCAAGGAUGUGGAGCUGGAGCCCCCAGAACUAGGACCAGAGACCCAGUCCUCCUCUCACCUGGACGCGACACCGACCUCACCUCAGCCCCAGAGUCAACCUGACCCCCAGAGCAACCAGCCGCCCCAGAGUCAACCUGACCCCCAGAGCAUCCAGCCGCCCCAGAGUCAACCUGACCCCCAGAGCAACCAGCCGCCCCAGAGUCAACCUGACCCCCAGAGCAACCAGCCGCCCCAGAGCAACCAGCCGCACCAGAGCCCCCAGUCCCAGAGCCCCCAGUCCCAGAGCCCCCAGUCCCAGAGCCCCCAGGUCCCGGAGAGUGGUCAUCCCGAGGUAGAGACAGAGGAGAGAGGGUCUGCUGCCCCUACACCUGAUACUGGAGCUGGAGCUAGGGAUGGAGCUGGACCCGGGGCCAAGGGGAACCGUUGGACUUCUGCACUAAAUCAGUUCAAACUCAAGAGGUUCUUUGUUUUGAGGCCCGGGACCCUGGACCAAGCUCUGGAAGACAUCAAGGCUCUGAUCAAUCAGGAGGACGGAGCUGUCCACGGUGUCUGGCUCAUGGCUGAGGUUGACCAUUGGAACAACGAGAAAGAGCGUGUCGUGCUGAUCACAGACACCUCCCUGCUGGUCUGUAAGUACGACUUCGUCAUGCUCAACAUUGAGCAGAUACAGAAAAUCCCUCUCAACUUCAUAGACCGCAUCUCCCAUGGCAACUUCAGCUUCCCUCAGCGGUCUCUCCUCACGUGAGUACCCCUCUCCUCCUCUCUCCUCUCCUCUCUCCUCCGUUCCUCUCCUCCUCACGUGAGUACCCUUCCCUCUUCUCUCCUCUCCUUUCCUCUCUCCUUUCCUCCUCCUCUCCUCUCCUCUCCUCUCCUCUCUCCUCCGUU